AUGCUAUAAUUCACAGGGAUUUGACCCCAAGAAAUAUAUUGCAAGAUGAAGCUGGUCAUCUGAAAGUUACAGGCUUCCAUUUGAGCAAAACUGCACGAGAGAAAGACGUUAACGGCUAUAAAAUGACAGGAGGCACUGGCUCAUAUCGAUACAUGGCUCCUGAAGUAUAUCGUCGCGAAUCGUAUGACAAGAGUGUUGAUGUUUACUCUUUUGCUCUCAUUGUUCACGAAAUGUUUCAGGGUGGGCCAUCGAAUAUAGAAGAACCACCAGAACAUGUAGCGGACAAACGAGCAUAUGAGCACUCAAGACCGCCUUUAUCUUCCUGUUUAUACCCUGAACCUGUGAAAAUGCUGCUAAAAAGAUGUUGGCACCGGAAUCCUGAUGUGAGGCCAAAGUUUGAAGACAUAAUAACAGAACUCGAGUACGUAUUGGAGAUUGAACAAAGAAAGUUGGAUGGUGGAUUAUGCCGUACAUGUGGAAUCUUAUGAGUUGCUACCGUUUCAAAACAUAUAUAUGGCAUUCUCUGUGUGUAUACAUACACGUAUUUGUUAUAGAAAACACAAAUGUUUGAAUAAUAA